AGCAGCAAUGUUACAACAACCCCAACUCCUCUCUGAAUUGAUCGCUACAUUACGACCAAAUCGAGCUCUACCGCGGCCAAGCAUAACUACUAAGAACCGCAUGACGUUACUAAAUGGUCUCAAAUAAGUAGUGUUAACAUUCGUUAGCUAUACUCAUAACGCUACUCAGUAGCUAUAGCUAAGCUACAGACCAGGACUUUUUUCCAUUUCAGGAGCGCGUAAGCUAGUUUAGCUUUGCUAACCGUUAUAGCAGGUUAUUUAUUUAGUUGAGAGCUUGUAAGUAAACCUGUACGUUUCAUUCCAUUAGACUUCAUUAACCUAACGUUAUGCUUUGAGGAUAGUCUAAUACUCUAGCGAACGUUUUAGGCAACAACAAAAACUCGUUAGCUAGCACUUCCGGUUCCUUGUUUUCAAAAUAAGAGGUCAGUGAAAUCUCAUUUUGCUGAUUUCAAGAUAAUGAAGAGCAAUUAAUUAAGUAGCGUAAGAUUAAUGUGAAUUACAUUUGUGUCACAAAAGGGUCUAAAAAGUAAAUUCAUAAGAAAAUAAUUAAAAGAUACAUACAGCAAACAUAUGACUGAUUCAUACACGCAUACAUAUAUACAUACAGUGGUGGAAAGUGAUUAAGUACAUUUAAUUAAUGAACUAAACUUAAGUGUUUUGAUCUUGCAGCACCUUUGCAUGUAAUGCAGUGCUAUUAAAUGUUGGUAUUGCUACCCUUACUUAGUAAACGAUUGCAUACUUCUCUAACAGGAAACAUCCACCUCAGACCUUCGCUAAAUGGAGAGACAAUGGCGCCCUCUAGUCUGACUAUCUGAACGUCCUAGUUGAUCCGGUCUUCGUCAGCCAACCAGGAAAGAGGGCUUGCCGUGAUCUGGACUGAGGCGGAUGAGACCAGAAGCCUUUGUUCUGUAUCUCCUCCUGAAGCGAGAUUUGAAAAAAACCAGGAGCCUCUCAAUGCUUCCUGCAAAACUGCGAUCGCGUUUCUGCGGGUUGGCGAUCGCUCGUGGAUGUUUUACUCAUCAUAAAUUAGCAGAAUUCAUUUAUUAGCUGUUGUGAUAUUUUUUUUUCCUCACUGCUACAACCCGGAGGGGGGAGACAUCGGCUCGGGUUGUUUUUCUUCCUUCUUGUCAGCUGCUAAAUGGAAAUAAACCGGGGAACUGAAAGUGGAACCAGUCGAGGUAAUGAUCUUCCAGUCCACUAUCUACGCCUCCUCGCCCCGCCCUUGCAGCUGUUGUCAGCCGCAGUGUGGCAAGUAGUGCAGCAGGGACUCGUGGACCACUAUGGGAUGCUGGAGGAGUUUGUUACCAUGGUGACGGAACUGGUCCCAGAGCUGAUGAGCUACAGUCAGAGGGCUCAGCUCAUCCUGGGACUCAGGGCCAGGCUGGUUCUAGAGAUGUGUCGAGGGGAGCUCCCAGUGGACCUGCAGACCAUUCAGCCACAUCUGGACAGAAUUAAAGCUCCCGUCAGCACUGCCAAGGAUCACCAUGUAACCAUAAACCAGGUGGAGGAAUCGGAGGUGAACUUUGUGGAGUUGGUUCAUUCAUUACUGGAGGAUCCCUCGGAAAGAAAAUAUUUUUUCCAAGAAAUAUUCCCUGCGUAUUUUGGGCCAAAGUACAACGCUGCACUUGAGAUGCUGGUGUGGGAGUUCAUAUCAAGACUGGAGGAGCUGCUGCCAGUUCCAGACUUCACACAGCUGGCAGCUUGGCUUGGAGACACUCCGUCAUUCCUAGACGAAUGUCUACAAUCCUUUUUCCCGCCAGAGGACAUGAAGGGUGUACUUGAACAUCACAGAAACCUCGGCCAUUUUGCAGAGAAAGAAUCUAGAUUUUUACCGAUGGAUGACUGCAUCCUCUCCUCCCUGUCUCUGCCUCCUGGGACCAAACCUGUCACAAACGCCACCGCCCCAUGCACACCUGCUUCCAAAGAUUCAAACCCUCCAGAGCACAAAGGACAGCUCGACGCUCUCUUCGACACAAGCAGCCUGGAGAGGGCGAUCAGGAGGAGCUCCGAGACCGUGAGACAAAGACUGGAGGAGACGAGAGACUCGGGCAGCUGGCAGCUGCAGGUUAGAGACGGGAAAGACUCAGUUAGCGCACAACCCCGCGAUGAAACCAUAGACCUCACUACGUCGAACGAGACUGCGAACAAGGAUUCAGCAGCCAGUGACAACAGCCACAGCUUGAGAGGAGGGCGGGUUCUCAGGAAGAGGAAGCUGAGCGGAGGCGUGGACAUUCCCAAAAAACAGCCUGCGGAGGCGACAGCUUUCCUGGAUUCGUCAGUGGAUGAUGAGAAUUCAGGUGAAUCUCCUCUCAUCUCAAUAUGGGGAGAAUAUACAGACUCUCAGGAAGGUUCCCUCCCGGUUGUGACGGACACAAAAGUUCCCUGGUCGGACGAGGAGACACUCAAUCUGCUCGACAUCUGGGGGAAGGACUCGGUGCAGCGGGCUUUAAAGGGCUGCUUGAAAAACCGUCACAUAUUUACGCAGAUCGCUCAGAAGAUGGCAGAGAGAGGCUACGUGAGAACGGUGGAACAGUGCCAGACCAGGAUCAAGCGACUGAAGAAAUGCUUCCGCAAGAACAACAAAAGGAACUCCAAACUGGAGUAUAAGUUUUACGAGCAGCUGAAGCGGGUACUCGGCUCCUCGGCGCCCUCGGCUGUUCCAGAGGUCACCUAUGAUGUCGAAGAGGUCAUCGAUGAAGAUGAGUCACAAGACGGCGAUGAGGAAUUGCAGUUUCUUGGCCAUACGAGCCGACUGGAAAUCGGAACUAGAAGCGUCCCGUGGACAGACUUUGAGUCGUUGGCCCUCAUCAACACGUGGGGGGAAGAAAAGAUGCAGCAGGAGAGGAGAGGAAUGCACAGGACGUUACACAUUUUCUCCAUCUUAUCCAACAAGAUGGCUGCCCAGGGCUUCUCCCGAACGCCAGAGCAGUGCCAAACAAGGCUGAAAAGGCUGAAAUCAAAUUUCAGGCAAUGCUACCAAAACAACAUGAAGGGACAGGAGCAAGUGGAGUGCAAGUUUUACAAUGAACUGGGAAGCUUUUUAGUGAAGGACUUCCCUUCAGUGCCGCAGCUGGAGGAACUACCAGGAGAGCCUGAAGACAACGACUCACCGCCUUUUUCCCAUCAGGAUAUCGAGUCUGCUGUGGGCGUUCAGGAGGACAGGAAGAAAGUCCCCUGGUCGGACAAAGAGACCGUCAUCCUUCUAGAGAUCUGGGGAGACCCACAGGUCCAGCAGAGCAUGAAACGCUACCCACACAACGGUCACAUUUUCACCGAAGUAUCGGAGAAACUCACCGCCAACGGCUACUCCCGCAGUGCGGGGCAGUGCCACACCCGGAUCAAGCGCCUGAAAGCCAACUACCGGCAUUGUCAGGACAACCUGAACUCAUCGGGGACCGACAGAGUUGACUUUAAAUUCUAUGAUCUGCUGGAACAAAUCCUGGACAAGCAGCCGUCAACAUCCUCCACUGUGGUGACAGACUCCAUCGAAAUAUCAGAAGACUCCAACGGUGAAUCGGUGCCUGAAACAGAUGGAGAAAUCGGCACGUCAACGGAGAAACCGGCGAGUGGCUCGUGGUCCGAUGAGGAGACCCUGGUGCUGAUCGAGAUCUGGGGCGACGAAGACGUUCAGAGUGCGCUGAGGGGUUUCAUCCACAACGGACACAUUUACGCCGACAUUUCGCAGAGGAUGCGCGACCUCGGCUACUCGAAGACCUCAGAGCAGUGCCGCUGGAAGGUCAAGUCACUGAGGAACAACUUUCGGCAGUGCUACGACAGGAAGAAAUCUGGAAGAAGAGUAGAUUACAGAUUCUACCACCAGCUGGAACAAAUACUCGGUCAGGAGGCGGUUUCUAUUGAUGAUUAUGAUGAAAAAGACGAGCAAGCAGACCAGGACCCAGGUGCGGAUGUGAACACAGCGUGGACGGAGCAGGAGACGUUCGCUCUCGUCGAAGUGUGGGCUGCAGACGACGUGCAGCACAGCCUGAAAACGUGCGUCCGCAACGGGCACAUAUUCACCGACAUAUCGGAGAAAAUGGCCGCCACGGGAUACCCGAGGACGACGGAGCAGUGCCACUCCCGGAUCAAAAGGUUGAAGAAGAGUUAUAGGCGUUACUGCAACAGCUGGAGAAAUGGAGGACGGCCCACUGUGUUCCGGUACUUCCACCUCCUGGCUCCGGUGCUUGGUGAUAACUCUGUGUGUCCUGAAGUGGAGAGUCCUGCCGCUGACGCCUCCUUGGAUCCCCUGAUGGAAACGGAUCCUGACAUGUACGAGCAGCCCUCAUCCAGCCACCUCCUGGCUGACCAGAGCAGAAAGAUGCCCUGGUCCGACCAGGAGACACGCACCCUGCUGGAGGUCUGGGGUGAAGACAACGUGCAGCUCACCCUGAAGGGCUGCCUGAAGAACCGCCACGUGUUUGAGUACAUCUCUGAGAAGAUGAGUGACGGAGGAUUCAUAAGGACCUCGGAGCAGUGCUACACUCGCAUCAAACGCCUUAAACAUGGCUUCCUCCAUGAAAAGGAGGAAUAUAAAUUCUUCAACGAGAUGAAUGAAAUCUUCGGGAGGGAGCUGAAAAUGGACGACUUGGUCCCAGACACGUCAGUCCCAGAUGAGCCAGACGACUGCACCCAAAAGAAAGUAACCUCAGGGACACAGUGGGUGGCGGACAGUUCGAAGCUGGCCUGGAGCGACGGGGAGACCGAGGUCCUCUUGGACAUAUGGGGGAGCGAGGAGAUCCAGGAGACCUUGAAAGGCUGCACAAAGAACAAACACAUCUUCAUCCAGAUCUCCGAGGUCAUGGCGAGCCAGGGCUACCUGCGCACUCCUGAACAGUGUCAGACCAGAAUAAAGAGGCUGAGGGCCAAUUUCCGACACUUCCUAGAAGGCAGAAAAGGAGAGAAACAGGAAUGCAAGUUCUUUGACCAGUUGGUACAGAUAUUUGGCAGCAAGUAUGUAAUAAACUCUGACCCCCUGGCCGACGAUACAGCUGAUGGCGUAGAUCUAGAGACCUGAAACUGUCCGUCAUCGUAGAGUCAAAUCACGAGGACACAGCAGCUGCAGAGUGACUGAGGAACAUCCAGAAGGGAAAAAACAAGGACACUCGAGCAGGAACUGUUAACAUUCAGAGCUGUGGUGUGCAGUUGUUUACGGAUGACGUUUGCCUCUGUAUGUACUUCAAAUACUUUAACAUUCUUCAUACACACAGGCUGUAGUGUGUGUGUGUGUGUGUGUGUCCGCGUCCCUCCUCCAGAGUGUCUUUGUAUUAUUUACAAUAGAGCCAUGAAACUAAAACCAGGAAGCUCAGGGCUCACAGGGACAAAAAGUAAUUUCUGAUCUUGAUGUAGUGGGAGUCAAAGAAAAUGCUGUUUUUGCUAGUAUUUAUUUAUUUUGUACUUGAACUAUAGUGAGUGACUCAAAGCACACGCACAAAGAAAGAAAUAUACGCCAGGCCUCUUGUUGUGUAACCACAGCGUACGUUUGCUUUUUGGUCUUAAUUUACGUUUCACCUAAAUCUUCUGUCUUUGCACCUGUUUACAAUGUUUGAAUCCGAGUGGUGAAAGUUGAGUUCAUGAAGCUUAUUUUUUACACGGUAUGAGUUGAUCUGGUCCAAUAUUGUAUUUAUUUAAAUUAUUGUUUACGCAUGUUCUCCAAAGUUUUAUAAUUUCCUUCGCAUAUGUUACUCUUCAAAUCUUAUUGAAGCACAUUUUUUUUCCACAAACGUGUCAAGGUUUUUGUUACACCCAUUAAAAGAAACUUCAAAUGUUUGAUUGAGGAUUCAGUUCCGUGAUUUGUUGUGUUUUUUUUUGCGUGACAAGUUCAGCCAAGACUGUUAGAGAUUGUUACUGUACACUAAAACCACAAUGGAAACAAAAUAAUAAAAGUGCAGUUAACUUAGAAGUAGAGAACAUUCAUAUCUAAAGGUAUAUCAUCUGUAUGCAACGAUUGAGCAGGCUUUGGUUGAAUGCAGGUGAACAGUCUGUGUGGACACUGUGGGACUAACAAAGAUUUUAUGUUCACUGGCUAGUUGCUAACUUGUUUUGGACCUGAAUUGUUCAAAUUUAAAUGUAACUAAUGUGUAGAAAUGAACAGAAAAUGUGUUUAGAGUACAUUAUUAUCCCAUGGCGAUGAAGUCCAUGCUCUCUGUCUCUCUCACCCACACAGACUCUCAUGAGAAUUCACUGCGGUUGCUGCAGUCAACCAGAGCUUCCUGCUCCGCGUGUAUCAGAUUAGUUGUACAGUGAUGGAAAAUCAGAGAGGGAUUGCUAGGCAACGUCUUCUAAACACGCUAUGGUUUCCCGCCACAAGGCCAUGAGUUUGACAUAGUGUUGUUUUGUUGAGACAUGACAAAAAAACUCCCAUGCACUGUAACCAUAGUCACACUAACAGUGUAUCGGACACUGAAGCAGAGAGGUACAGGCUUUCCUUUCAUUUAUGAUGUCAGGUUGCUGGCAUCAACCAGCCCAGCACCACUGGGUACCAGAGGAACCUUCCUCUGACAGGAUCGUGUAGACGUCACACUGAACAUUGAACCUGGCGUUGAACAGGAGGCGGGUCAAGCUAAUGAUGUGGUGAAUCUGUAUUUUGUAUGGUGAGGUGUGUGCAUUUGUUCAGGUAAUGCAUGUUUGAUCUAUAUACAAUGCAUGAAAUGAUUAAGUGAGAAAGUUCAAAGAUGAUGGGACAAGUUUAAUGAUUUAAAUAUUCAUAUCUUUGGUUUGUCCGCUCUGGGACACUCAGCUCACAGCCCGUUUGCAACUGUGGGCUGUUUGAGGUACUUACUGUCCCUUUUUCCUCUCAGAAACAGGUGUCAGUCCGAGUAGAUUCCCAGUCUUUGGCCUGGAGUGCUUAACUUGAGAGGUGUUAAUAUCAGACAGCUUGUUGUAGCGGUUCAGCUCUGUGGUUGGCCUGAGAACAGCGGUCUCAGGCU